AUGGCUAUGCAGAGGUUAUGGUAUAUAGACCAGAUUAACCUUAAGAAAUUAGGCAGAUCUAAGAGAGCUUCUGAUGAGCUCAUCUCAUCCACGGAUGCCUUUUACCUCAAGACAAGAAAGCCUUAUACCAUCAGUAAACAAAGAGAGAAAUGGACAGAAACAGAGCAUGAGAUGUUUGUAGAGGCUUUGAAACUGUAUGGCAGAUCUUGGAGACAAAUCGAAGAACAUGUUGGAACAAAGACUGCUGUUCAGAUUCGAAGCCAUGCUCAGAAGUUCUUCACUAAGGUUGCUCGUGACUACGAUGUCACCUCUGAGAAUUCGAUAGAGAUUCCGCCUCCAAGGCCGAAAAGAAAGCCGAUGCAUCCUUACCCUAGAAAGCUAGUGAUACCUGAUGCUAAAGACAUUGCAUACGCUGAGCUAACCGGAGCCAAGUUGGUUAUAGACGAAGAUAACCGAUCUCCAAAAUCGGUUUUGUCAGAUGGGUUAGGUUCAAUGGGUUCAAAUUCACCUAACUCGUUAUCAUCUCACACAGAGGAGUCAUUGUUUCCAGAAGCAGAGACCAAGCAAAGCCUUACGCUGUUUGGAAUGACUUUUGUAGUUGGUGACUACAACUCUAAUGAUUCAGAAGAUGUCAAGAAGAAACUAGACUUAGAGACGCAGUCUGUUCGAGGGUUUAUGCCUUACAAGAAGAGGAUAAAGGUGGAAGAAAACAUUGAUAGUGUAGUCAAAAUGUCAUAUCCUUUUUGGUGA